CCGAGCGUCUUUGUAAAUGUUUAAACUGGAUUCAGGAAAGGAAGUUUAGUCAUUAUAGACGAGCGUCGUCAUGGGACCGAUUGUUCAUAUUCAGUAUGUCAUAGCUGACAUUAUCUUUCGAAACGGACUGUAAGUUGUUGUGUCAUACAGUGUGAUCAAGAUGGCUGACUCUAGCACUGGCAAGCCUGUUGUGGUCACUUCCUCCGUCUCCCUCAAAAUGACCGCUCCUUCUUUCUACAACCAACCCAAAAAGUUUGCGUCUGUCGCUCCACCACGCCCCAAAGGACAGAUGGGCCCAUCACAUCCCUCAUCAUUUAUAAGCACUGGUGUUAUUGGACGGGUUGGAGAGAUGCCCCCGCCCUCUCUUUGUGAGGACUUCCCGCCCCCACCUCCUCCUCCACUGGACGAUGCAGAGCUUCCAGCCCCUCCUCCAGAAUGCCAAACCACACCCCCUGCAUCUGAUGCCCCUCCUCCUGCUUUCCCAGCCCCGCCCCCUGUUGCAGAAGACCUGAACCUCCCUGCACCUCCCGAGGAAUUAACCCCUGCACCUUCGCCUCCUCCCCCCCCCCCACCACCACCACCACCACCACCUCCUCCUCUCCCCGAGACCGGUGCAGGUGCCAACUCUCAGAGGGUGUUUGAGAAACAGACCAGUUUUGACAGGCAGUUGGGCUCUUUGACCGAUAUGUUAUCAGAAAUGGAGACGAGCGGACCUUUCAAUCCAAAGUUGCCUAGCCAGAUUUCAUCAGCAUCAGCGGCAAAACCUGCAGCGCCACCGCCGACCGCUCCUAAACCUGCCCUUUCCUUUCUGCCCCCUCCUGAGCUGCAGGAUCGUCCUCCCCCUGCUCCUUGGGCUGAGGAGCUACGUGCCCGAACACGACCGGCCAAUCAGAACGUAAUAUCUGCCCCCGCACCUGCGCAGUCAUUUCCUAAGGCCCCAGCUGUGGCUCCAAAGACCAACUUCCCUCCGAGUCAGCUGAAUUCAAAUUUUGGAUCCAAAACAGUUAGUCCUGCACCUACCGGAGGAGCAAGAGUGUUUAACCACGCCGUUAAAACCCCCGCCCAAAGCUCUUUCCCGCCGCCUCCACCUGCCGCCCCCCCUGCCCCUGUUCCUCCACCAGCAAACAUUCCCGCCCCUGCACCUACGUUCAAUCACUCUGAAACAGCUCCCAUUGGCAGUCAGCAAAGCUUUGCUCCGCCUUCUCCUGCUGCACCCAAGACAUCGCCAGUCUCGUCAUUCAACAGACCAGCAGGAAACGCUGUUCCACCAAAGGUGUCUGGUUCAGGUUCAGGUCCUGGUGGAGCUCCUCUCACUAUGAGGGAAGUAGAAGAGCUGGAGAAAAUGACUAAGGACUUUAUCAAAGACAUGGACAAACAUCCUCCUGUGAUCACCUCUUCAGCUACAGAGGUGUGUGGUAAAUGUGGAGAGUCUCUGUCUAGAUCUCAGCCAGCAGUAAGAGCGAUGGACAAACUCUUCCACUCCCAUUGUUUCUGCUGCAUGACCUGUCGGCGCCCCCUACAGGGCAUGCAGUUCUACGACCGUGACGGAACUCCUCAGUGUGAGGACUGCUACAUGAACUCUCUGGCUGUGUGUUCUCGCUGUGGGGAGCGGAUCACAGAUCGUGUCCUGAAGGCGGUGGGCCAGUGUUUCCAUGCCCAAUGUUUCCUCUGCACUACCUGUGGCUGUACCCUGGAGGGCGCUCCAUUCAUCACCGAUGACAAUAACAACCCCUACUGUGUCAAAGAUUACCAUCGCCGUUUCUCUCCUCUCUGCGUAAGCUGCAAUGAGCCGAUCGUUCCCGACCCUGGAAGUGAAGAAACGGUCAGGGUUGUUGCCUUAGAGAAGAACUUUCACCUGAAGUGCUACCGCUGUGAGGAUUGUUCUCGUCCCCUUUCCAUAGAGGCAGAUGCCGAUGGCUGUUAUCCACUGGAUGGCAGAAUUCUGUGCAUGAAGUGCCAUACCCAACGCGCGAAGCAGGCCAAACACUGAUUGGUGGAACUCGCCACGACCCUAAACCAAAUUUAAAAACACAUAAUUGGCUCAGCGUUUGAAAUGUACUUGCCGUAUGUGUUUGUGAGUGUUUCUUCUCUCUUCCGUUUCACAUUCUCAUUUGUCUCACGUUUGCUCGAUGACAGUUUCGCCUUUUCUCGACAAAGCUCUGCUGCUUUUUCUGAAUGGCCUCAUUCAGAGCUAGGUCAAUAGCUUGCCCUCUUUGCCCUGGCUGUUUUCUGAUGGGGCUUGAUAUGUGCGAGCGCAAUGUUAGUGCCUCUAUGUUGAAUGUUAUAUGCGACACAGUUUUUACCCCUAGAUUGAUAUGUAAAGUGUUAGAGAAGUGAUUUUUAGGGCUGUUUUUUGGCUUGAAUUUUUACUGUAGUGGCUGACUCGGUGCAGAGGUAAUGUACUGCACUGCCGUCUCAGUUUAGCGAGCUGUACGACUCCCAGCAUGCCUUUAUAAAAACUCAGAACAUCCAUAAAUUGUACCACAGCUACCGAGGCGAGAGGUAACGUCAGUAUAUCCACAACCACCCAUGCACUUUCGAUAAGGCUUUCCGAAACAUACCUUGUAGUUGAUGAGAAGGGCUCUGUGUAGUCGCGACAAACGUAAAAUAAGCAAAAACAAAGGCAGGGAAAGGCGAAAGAACAACGCAACUUAUGUAUUUGUCAUGCAUGCUUCGUUUAUAGAACUGUUUACUUGUAAAUGAACAUAUUUUAAAAAGCACAUUUGUUUUGUCCUCAAACGUAUCAAAUAUGUGAUGAUACAGUAAAGUAAGUUUGCAUUGCUUAUCAUAGCCGGUGUCAGUUCAGUUGGUUUUCAUUCCACAUAUUGCUAGAGGUAUUUAGCGAUUGCACAGUUGUAGGUGGAUUUGACCAUUUAAAAUGUAUUUCCAAAGAAAAGCACAUGAGUCACUGAGACUAAUAAGACUAUCACAUUGUAGCUAAAAACAUCUGGAUUAUUAUAGAUGCACAAAAGUUUCUGAAUAUACUUAGAGACUUUUGGUUAUUUAUAUAUAUAUAUAUAUAUAUAUAUAUAUAUAUAUAUAUAUAUAUAUAUAUAUAUAUAUAUAUAUAUAUAUAUAUAUAUAUAUAUAUAAAAAAUUCGUUCAUCACAAAACUGUACAGUCCAUUUUAUGACUUUCUCUUAAAAACAACAGUGUUUCUGUAGACUAACGCGUUUCCGAACAAAUUGAAAUGUUUUCUUUUUACCAGUCAGCACUCCCGUUGAUUCCAGGUUUCCGACAUUUUGCAUUUUAGAUUUUAGUUUCGUGUUUUGUUGCGUUUUUCGCAACAACCACCGUCUCGCUAACACCACUUACUUUGGCUUUAAGGUAGCACUGAUAUUAUUUUGAGACUUGCAUUCAGUAGCUCAGAAACGUUUUAUUUACCGUUGCAUCUCAGUGUGUGUUUUCAUUCCUGGCAUCGUCUCUUGACUAACAAAGAUAUUCUCGUAUUUGAUUUAAUCGAAUAAAACGAUGGCUCCCAUCAUAAUAAGUUACUUGACCAAAUCCAAACAUUAUGCAUGAUUGUUAUUGUUAUUACAGUGUUUUUAUGCAUUGUUGCACGGUUGCCUCAUUUUCAUGCUGGUAUCACAAUACUGCUGAAUUCAGCAAGCUGUUAUUGACCAUUUGAACACUUGUGGUUAGCCUCCAUGUAUUUACCAUUUACCAGUACUUCGUCUUUCUCUCUCUCUCUCUCUCUCUUUGAAAACUGAACAUCUAAAUUCCUCUCUUAAUAUGUGAAUGUGUGUAUGUUUACGGUCAAACGUAUGCCAACCUAUUAUUUUUGCUACCAUUGUUUUCCUUCCACAUUUGUACUGUAUUCUGAACUAAUAAAAGUAUCAAAUUGA